AAAAAUAAAAGAAAACCAAGAAAGACAUGACUUCUUUAUACGAGGCCAGCAAAAUCAUUACUCUUAUAGGUUUCUUGCUUACCACUAUAGGUGUAUUCAUGCCAUUCUGGUUUGUGACUGAGGAUCUUCAUUUUGGAGUGUUUGUGGGCUGUUUCAGGGUAUUUAAGCAUUGUGAGUCGACACAGAAAGAGGAUGUUAUGUAUAAAACAGCAAAAUUGUCUGAUUUGUUGUGGGCACUUUCACUGUCUGGGAUGUCCAUACUACUGUUGGCGUUGCUUGGCCUGUGUAUUCUAGCAAAGGAGCUUGGUAAUAAGGCCAUUGCAAUAUCGGUGUCAGUCCUCCUUGGCAUUGGAAUUGCACUGAUAUUAACAGCGGUUAUAGUAAUAGAAGAUUCAUAUGUUGUAUUGGGCGCUGAUAUCGGUCUUAUUAUGUAUACCAAUGGCUGGGCCUGGUACCUAACAUUAGUCGGAAUCGUUAUUCUGUUUACCGGCUUUAUUUGUUUUCUUCUUCACACAUGCUUUUUGAUAUGUUGUGACGAUAAUCGUGUGGAACCAGUUGGGAGAAACAGGGAAACAAACAAAUCGUCUGCAACCCACAUUGGUAACGAAAAGGACGCCGAACUCUAUGAAAAAUACAAUGACGUCAUCGUUGAAGAUCAUCUUAGAAGGAACUUACGACAGCCGUAUGUCAACAGAAGUGUCUAUGACGAAAGACUUGUUGACGCGAGGAAUAAUUUCGAUUGGAGAUCAUUUUAGAGUAGAUAUUCGCCAUUUAUUUAUAAGAAAACAAUUUGCAAAAAAAAAAAAAGACUAGCAAUAGAGCCAGUUUUAUUUGAGUUUCGCUUUACCAGUUUUUUUUUCUAUUUGCGCAAUAGUCUAUCUAAAAAUAUUUAAAGAUCCUGUGUGUUGUAGUUGAGGUUGAAUACCACACUUAAGUGAAA